ACUCUUAAAAGAAAAAUGGGUUACACCAAAUUGCCCUAUCUUAUAAUAAUAUUAGCUUUCUUAUUAGUGCUUGGUAGAACCACAAGAGCACAACAAUGUGGUACACAAGCAAAUGGAGCAUUGUGCCAAGACAACUUAUGUUGUAGCCAAUAUGGUUAUUGUGGUAACACAAAUGAUUAUUGUGGUAACGGUUGCCAAAGCCAAUGUGGUGGUUCUAGUGGUGGUUCUAAUGGUGAUGUUAGUAGCAUCAUUACUUCCUCUACAUUUGAUGAAAUGCUUAAGUACAGAAAUGAUCCACGGUGUAAGGGCAACGGAUUCUACACUUAUGAUGCAUUUCUUGCCGCCGCUGGCUCUUUCUCCGGCUUCGGCACCACCGGUGAUGAUGCCACCAAGAGGAGGGAGCUUGCUGCCUUUUUUGGUCAAACUUCCCAUGAAACCACAGGAGGAUGGGCAAGUGCACCAGAUGGUCCAUAUGCUUGGGGGUAUUGCUUUAUCAAUGAAAAUAACCAGGACGCAGAUUAUUGUACACCCUCUACACAAUGGCCAUGUGCUCCUGGCAAAAAAUACUAUGGAAGAGGACCAAUUCAACUCACUCACAAUUACAAUUACGGGCCAGCGGGUAAUGCUAUAGGAUCAGAUCUUCUAAACAAUCCUGAUCUAGUAGCAACUGAUCCAGUUAUUUCAUUUAAGACAGCCAUAUGGUUUUGGAUGACACCACAAGGAAAUAAGCCAUCAUGUCAUAAUGUCAUUACCGGAGGAUGGACGCCGUCUUCUACCGAUACAGCCGCCGGCCGAGUCCCUGGAUAUGGUGUCAUCACCAACAUAAUCAAUGGUGGGCUUGAAUGCGGACACGGGCCAGAUUCUCGGGUCGAAGAUCGGAUUGGGUUUUAUAGUAGGUAUUGCUCAAUGUUGGGAGUUAGCACUGGGAAUAAUUUGGAUUGCAACAAUCAAAGUCCAUUUUAG